UGUUCUGUUCGUCAGUCAAACAGUAGUCAUACAACAAAAUAUUUUUUAUAUUUUUUCUUGCACAAAAAGAAAAUUAACAGCAAGAAAUAAUGUCCGAUACGCCACACGAGCGCAACUCGAAUUCUAAAACAAAUCUAAUUGAGGUGCAACAUGUUGGUGUCACAGCCAAACUGCAGUCGCCGCUCAAAAAUCUGCUACAAUCAUCACUUUCUUCAACGGAAACGGAAAAUGGUCAGCUGCCCUUUCACGAUCAUCAUGGACACAAGCUCAAGUACAAUAAAUUCUCCAACGACACACAAGCCGAAACGGAAACAACUACCGAUAACCCGUCCAAGUUGCUCUACGAGAUGCACGCCGUACGUGAAGCUUCCACUCGCCAUCCGGGCAAACGUAAUCCAACGCCUUCAAAAAUCGAAUUUCAACUAUAUAAAACGGCGUCGAGACGCAUACACCGCUCGAAAAGCACACCCGCAACUACGCUGAAAUGCAGCGAUAAGAAGAGUAAGCGCAAACUGUUCGCUGAGCGUAAAAGUGCCAGCAAAAAGUCCACCAACCAUUGCACAUGUCAUGCACGUCACGGCAAUAGCGAUAAUACGAUUUUCCAACGUUUACGCCAUUCGCUUGAUAAUAUGCGUGCCGCACGACCGCAUAUUUCAAAACCCAAAGCUUCCAAGUGUGGCAAUAUUUUUGACGAUUUUCCCGAGCCGGCUGCGCCACAGCAGCGGCAAACAAAGAACGAUUUUAAGCAACAGCAACAAAGAAACGGCACACCGCCACCAACACGCAUAGGCGUCUAUCCUUUCGAGCAUGGUUGUGCUGAAUAUUUGCGUACCACCGAUUGUCAUCCACAACUGUUGUCUGUCGUGCUGGCGGAACGUGCCACCUACUAUGCCACACGCUUUUGGGCUGAGUUCUUUGGCAGUUUGCAUAUUGGUGUCACUUUCAUUGUGACUUUUCUGCUACAAGCGUACCGUUUCGUACUCGUCUCGCUGGUAAAUACGUUGGCGGUGGGCUUUCUACACAUGACUUCCGAUUAUUUAAUUAAGCCAAUAUUAACGGUAGCCUUCAAUGGUUUUCUACAGCCACCAUUUAUACUCAUCUACAAUAUUCUUACCUCUGUGCGUGAUAUCCUGGCGCCUGUUGCCGAAACCAUAAAUAAUUUUAUGCGUCCUGUAGCCACGGUGGGGCGUAGUAUCCGUCUAGUGCAUGUGAGCUAUAGCAAUAAGAAGUUGGUGAAAGAUGUUUGAUGUGAAUUUAGUUUGUAUUUGUGUUGCAAUACAUUUUUUAUGUCUGAUAUUAGUUGAAAAUUUAUUUA